GAUAGAAUUAUGAGUGAGGUGAAGAGAAUGAAUAAGGAUGAAAUAUAUAGAAGGGAAGAGGAAGAGGGCAACGGUCCAUACAUAAUUAUGGUGGGGCAAGGACACUUAAUAAUUAGUGGUUCUCAAUGGUCUACUGCCACCUAAUUCCUGUAUGGCAGGGUGCGUAUAAUAUUUCAUUGGGUGAAUGACAUGGUAAGAUCCCUCUAAGACUCUUGCUUGAGAGUUUCAAGUAUGAAUGCAUAUUUUAUACUGUGAUUAGUUGGUGUUUCAAGCCAAUCACUUUUGGAAGUUUGCACCCUUUACCUUGCUUCACAUAGCUCCAAACAUCAAACCAUCAAUAUGGUGUCCUUAAUAAUCUCAUUCCAUCUUUGAAAAGGAAACAAAUAUAUAUAGUCCUCCUUUCUAUUUUGUUUCCCUUACUGAUUCAAGUGAACACACCAUCAAUAAUUAUAGAUUUUGCUUUAUAUACACACAACACUCUUAUCCCGCAGAUUAAUGUCUCAGUUUAAAUUCCUUGAAUAGGCAGAUUAUUGCUUCAUAUAUGCAUCAAUACUACUCUCUACACGUUAAAUUAUUUUAUUUCCCUAAAUAGGGAGGUUAUUGCUUGACAAAUCCUUCGAAUAAGUACUUUAACUCAUUUUACAAUUUUUACCAUGACUUUGUGAUAUCAAAAUCUAUAAGUGAUACACAUAAUACUUUAUUCCAACUUCAAAUGUUUCAAUCCAUUCUCUUAUGGCUUAGUCAAUAUAUUUGAAUUUUAAUUGUCAAACUAUCAAACCAUUAUCUGGUAACUUUCUUCCACUAAAGCAUACAAAUAUGCCAAUUAUAAAACACCUUCAUUUUUUUAUAAAAAACACUUGCCUCAUGUUAUCCUGCUCCACCAAGAGGCAAGACAGACUCUGCACAUUAAUGUUCUUCUCAACUUGUCCCUGACUGCAAAGAGAAGAUUAGGUAAAACACUAAGAGAAUAUUAGGUAAAACACUAAGAAAAAAGGCAAAACACUACGUACUUGUAUUUAAAAGUGAAUACUUCAUACAUUUGACCAACAUUAUUUAGGGGUGUUAAAUUUAGUUUAACCAUAAAGAAGGAUUGAAAUUUAGCUAUAGUUGUUGAAAAAUGACUCUUUUUAUGGAAUGAAAUUAAAAGGAUUGAAAUUUAGCUAUAGUUGUUGAAAAAUGACUCUUUUUAUGGAAUGAAAUUAAAAUCUUUAGCUGCUAAUAAAGUAAAGCAGCAUAAAGCAUGAUAUCAACCACUCAAGUUUUAAGAGAUAAACAAAGCAUAAUAGCAUUUUUAUAUGUUCAUCACUUCAUCAUACCAUAAUCAUAAAUGUAUUAAUCAAGGGAAUACCAAUGACAAAAUCUGGGGAAAUUUAGCAGUGGAAAUGAAUCCAAGCAACACCUACUCUCCCCAAAAGUUGCAACUGUAAUAAUACAAAAAAAGAACUACCCACCUACAGAAGAUGAAAAAAAUUUAAAAUAAAACAUACAAUCUCUGAUUUCACUUGAUGACUACCUGGAUUCACUCCUUUGCAUCCCAACCUCACUGGAGCAAAAUAAAAUAACUCAAGAAACUUCUAAGGAAUUAAACAAAAUUCAGUACUAUUAAAAAACAUGAAGCAUAUAUCAAUGUGCAUUUCAUAGAUACAUGCAUGCACGGUCGUGGCGUCCUCGGAGUGCGAGAGCAGAUAGUGAGCCAUGUCAAGAGGGUUCAAUUGGGAUUUGGGAGAGAGCAUCUGCAUUGCAGACAGACAGGAACUCAUUGGUAUCCCGUUAGAGCUGAAAAAGUAGCUAAGGCCCAGGGGAUGAAGGUGCAUGAGAAGUGCAUAACACAUGAGAGUACCUUUAUUCCAAAUGUAAAUGUUUCAAUUUAUUUGCUAUUGGGUUGGUAUAGUCAGGAACUAUCAAAGCAUUAUCUGGUAGCUUUCUUCAACUAAAGCACACAUAUAUGCUAAUUAACAACACUCACUUGCUGCACAUUUGACCCACAUCUUCUAAAACACAAAUAGAUCAUUAAACAUCAAGACACCACCAGAAAACUAUAAACAAUUGUAAAUAUAUACUCUACACUUAUAAAACCUGUCAAGUAUUCUUGGCAUAUAUUAAAAGAAUAACUAAUAUCGAUAUUG